CGUUAGAGUCUACAACAUUCGAAGUUAAUCUCAAUUCAAGACCGUGUUUGGACUUAUCUACGGCGAAUCGCAUAACGCUAGAUUGGUUUGAAUAGGAUGAAUGAAUAGUGAAAGUGUAUUUAUUGUGUGUGUGAAUCAAGUUUACUUGAAAAUACUACCGAAAUUAUUUUCGUGCACCGAAUACGUAGUUCCAGAGAAGGAUUACGGGGCGUCAUAUAUAUUUUAGAACAUUAUUCUGAUGGAUACAAUUGUUUAGUGUGUGAAAACUUGAACUGAAGUGGUACUAUGGUUAUGAUGCAGUCUCCGAAAUCUGAUUCGGGAGAACCGGAAAGUCCAUCGCUUUCCCAGCCGAAUUCACCGCCCCUGUCAUCGGAACUCAGCCAUGUCCAACAGGAAAAAAUAUCAACCACUGCAUUGAAGGCUGCUGUAACCCCCAGAGCAACAAGUUCCCCGGAUCAUAUGCAUCCGACGGUUCGCACUUCUCCGCCUCCACAUACUGAUGAACUGUUGAUACGAUUUCAUGAUUAUCAAACAGCGGAAGUCAAGAAUAAUGUGGAAUUAAGAAACAAAUAUCCUCUUCUUGUCAGAGAAAAUGCCAUUCUGCGCCCUGUGAAUGGCGACCAUAUCAUAUAUACUAAAAGUGACCGUGAUCUACUAGAACCGAGUGCCAAGUUUUCAAUUGAAAGAUUAAAACAAUUAGCUAAUCAUAACGUGAAUGCUCGCCUUAGUCCAUCCGAACUAGAUAAGGCUCCCUCCGGGAAAUAUUCGAUCGAUCAUAGUGUAAAAUAUGUUUUAGCGAACGAUUCCAACGGGCAACAGUCACACAAUUUCUCACCUGUGCAGCCGGUUCCCGUUAUUCCAACCCCGUCGAUACUGUCCAACCUGCAAUCUUUGGGACAUCAUCCGACGAUUGCCAACGCAAGUCAGCACCAGCCUUCACACCAUCCAUCGAUGCUGCCCCAACAGCCGCCCCAGCAUCCCCAUCAGCAGGCGCAUCAUCCGUUCGCUGCUACCAAAUAUCCGCCAGGGAAUGUGUCGCCUACAGAUUUGGAAAUCGAGCGGUUCAAAAUCGCCCGUACGAUUGGAAGCGCCAAAGAGCUGUCGGACUUUGGCUUCAGGAUACAUUUGGGUGGCUUAUCGACUGGCUACGCGAGAAGCGACACCAGCGAAGAACUGAUCGUGGACGGCAAUGAGGACAGCUCGCAGGAUGCUACCUCGGGAUGCCCAGUCGAUUUGACCCGAUCCAUGGACAGUAGUAGUGCGAAAUCGCUGUCGGGUAGUGAAAAGGAAACCACCCCGAAACGUUUAGCAUUUUCCGUAGAAAAUAUCCUAGAUCCGAACAAGUUCAACGGAAAAUAUAAUCAGAACGGAGGCGUCAGCUGUAGUAAUAACAAUAACAACAAUAGUAGUAGCCAGAACAAUAAUUCCAAUCAUCAUAGUGCUAGUAGUAAUAACAAAUUCUGGAGUGGAUUCGAUCGUGAUGACAAGCUGGAAGAGGACCACAGUGACUCCCGAUCAGUUAAAGAUAUGAACGAUAUCGAGCAGGAUGAGAUGGGUGACGAUACGAUGGGCAGCGACAUUGAUGACCAUGCGAGUGAAACCGACUCGAAAAAGGACGGCACCAGCAGUCGAUCCGGGGAUGGAAAAUCACAGGGAAACAGCUCUAAACCAAGGAGAGCACGAACAGCAUUCACCUACGAGCAGUUGGUUUCCCUCGAAAACAAAUUCAAAACAACCCGAUAUCUUUCGGUUUGUGAGAGACUGAACUUAGCGCUAAGUUUGAGCCUAACAGAAACACAGGUUAAAAUAUGGUUUCAAAAUCGUCGCACCAAGUGGAAAAAGCAAAAUCCAGGAAUGGAUGUGAACAGCCCAACAGUGCCACCACCGAAUGGCGGAGGAUCAUUCGGGCCCGGAUCGUACGCAAGCAGUCUGCUCUACCCGCAUGCUGUUCCUUAUCCUCCGUAUGGACCUUACUUCCAUCCAUUGGGUGGUCAUCAUCUUGGCCAUUCACACUCAUAAAACAUACACUCGGCUUGGCCAUUCUGUUGAUUUGUUACCCAUUAGGUCAGGAAAAUUUAAUUUAAUAGGCGAGGAUUGUGCAAAGGUAUGGAAUUAAGAGAAAAAAAAACGAACACUUCAUUCGAUACAAAAUCAAAAUUAACACGGUACUACUGAGUGCUUCAUUAAGGUGAUGUAUAUAAUCAUAGCGAUAAGUAGAUAAUAUUAGAGAGAGUAUGUAAGUUCGGUGAAUGUAAGAAGUCAUGUAAAUAUUGUAAAAAUUUAAAUCAUAAAAAAGAA